CUCUGUGUAUGUGGCUCUGAGAAGACACAGGGUCCCUGAGGCCUGACCUGGCACAGGCAGCUGACCCUGCACCCUUUAAAGCUUCUGAGGCUGAGAAGGCAGAGGCAGGAGGCAGGGGCCUCCUUGGAAAGGGAGAGGGUCAGCAAGGCCUGCUCAGCCUACGCCCACCCCGGCGGAGGUCCUGGCCUCCUGGGAGGGGGCAGCCCGCUCAGCCUGUGCCCAUCCCGGCAGAGGUCUUGGCCUCCUGGGAGGGCAGGAGGCUGGGCUCCUAAGGCUCUUUGUCAGAGCUCAGCAGACAAAGGCAGUGCCCUGGAGGUGAGCCAGAGGACAAGUUGGAAGAGGAAGGUUCCAGGCCUGCCCCAAGGACAGACGUUUCCUUUACGGAAGGGCAGCUGCCCCAGCAGGCACCUUACGUAGCUGUUCUGCGUAAACAGCAGGGACACGCCCACCCUGGCUGCUCCUACGGCCUGGAGGUGGGGUCAAAGGGUUUACAGGCAGAGUUUCCGCUUACAGCCACGUUGACUAUUUCUGAGCUAAAGAGCAACACUCUCAGAAGGGGAGCAACUGGAAGGCGUCUGAGGUGCACAUCUGCCUGGCUCGGUGUCCUCAUGACUGGGUGGCGAGGCUCAGCAGUGAAGAUGUAGCCCUUCCUGGGCCGGUGCUGAGGCUGGGGCUCCAGUCCUGACCACAGUUCGACAGAAGUGUACAGAGGCUUCUGGCAACACGGAUCGCCGUCUACCUGAUGACCUUUCUCAUCGUAACGGUGGCCUGGGCGGCGCACACAAGGUUGUUCCAAGUUGUUGGGAAAAUAGACGACACACUUGCCCUGCUCAACCUGGCCUGCAUGAUGACCAUCACCUUCCUGCCUUAUACGUUUUCCUUAAUGGUGACCUUCCCCGAUGUGCCCCUGGGCAUCUUCAUGUUCUGUGUGUGUGUGAUCGCCAUCGGGAUCGUGCAGGCACUGAUUGUGGGGUACGCAUUCCACUUCCCGCACCUGCUGAGCCUGCAGAUCCAGCGCUCCGCCCACAGGACCCUGUACAGAAGACACAUCCUGGGCAUCGUCCUCCGAGGCCCAGCCCUCUGCUUCAUGGCAGCCAUCUUCUCCCUCUUCUUUGUCCCCUUGUCUUACCUACUGAUGGCAACCGUCAUCCUCCUCCCGUACAUCAGCAAGGCCGCCGGCUGGUGCCGAGACAGGCUCCUGGGCCACAGGGAGCCCUUGGCUUACCCAGUGGAAGUCUUCACAUUUGACCUUCAUGAGCCGCUCAGCAAGGAGCGGGUGGAAGCCUUCAGCGACGGUGUCUACGCCAUCGUGGCCACUCUUCUCAUCCUGGACAUCUGUGAGGACAACGUCCCGGACCCCAAGGACGUGAAGGAGCGGUUCGGCGGCAGCCUCGUGGCUGCGCUGAGCGUGUUCGGGCCGCGCUUCCUGGCGUACUUCGGUUCCUUUGCCACUGUGGCACUGCUGUGGUUCGCCCACCACUCGCUCUUCCUGCACGUGCGCAAGGCCACACAGGCCAUGGGGCUGCUCAACACGUUCUCGCUGGCCUUUGUGGGUGGCCUCCCACUGGCCUACCAGCAGACCUCAGCCUUCGCCCGGCAGCCCCAUGACGAGCUGGAGCGUGUCCGCGUCAGCUGCGCCAUCAUCUUCCUGGCCAGCAUCUUCCAGCUCGCCAUCUGGACCACGGCGCUGCUGCACCAGGCAGACACGCUGCAGCCCUCGGUGUGGUUCGGCGGCCGGGAGCAUGUGCUCAUGUUCGCCAAGCUGGCCCUGUACCCCUGCGCCAGCCUGCUGGCCUUCGCCUCCACCUGCCUGCUGAGCAGGUUCAGCGCGGGCAUCUUCCACCUCACACAGAUCGCCGUGCCCUGCGCCUUCCUGCUGCUGCGCCUGCUCGUGGGCCUGGCCCUGACCAGCCUGCGGGUCCUGCGGGGUCUUGCCCAGCCCCAACGUUCCCCGCUGGCCCCCACGGGCCAGGACGACCCACAGGCCCAGCUCCUCCCUUCCGCCUGCUAGCAGCCACAAGGCCCACUCCCAGCCACCACCAGAUAUGGACCAGGGAGGACAAGAUGCUGGGCAGGGAAAGCUGAGUUACGGGCAGGCCUCAGUGGUUCUCGUGUGGCCUGGUUUUAUUUUCACUGUGAAAUAUCAUGUUCUAUCUCAAUCCUCAAA